AGCUCAGGCAGUGGAGGAUAGAAAUAAGCAAUAGCUGCCCAUGACAACCCUGCCUCAAAUGAUAUAGAGCCUCUGAUGUCUGAGAACUAUUGCAAAUGUGAUCCUGUCCAUCAACAUCUGAAGACUGAAAAGGAAUCUUGUCAGUAUAAGGAGCUUGGGAAAGUGCUUCAUGGCUAUUCCAGAUGUGCACUUUAUAAAACAUGUGAAACUACAGAAAACUGUAAUAACUACACAUGUAGUAACAACAAGGAUACCUCUACUGACUCAUCAAACCUAGAUAGACAUGAAAGUAUGCACACUAGAGAAGAACCUUGCAAAUCUGAAGACCAUGAGAAAUCUUUAAAUUUGUGUUCCAACAUUACUCAAAAUCAGAGACUCUACACUGCAAAGGAGCAUAGGCAGGGAGAAUAUGAUGACUAUUUUGCCUCUGCAUAUAUUCUUUUGCAACAAGCAAUUCGAGAGACACCUUACCAAUGUGGGAAAUGUAGGAAAUGCUUCAGGACUGCUUUAUACCUCACUGAACAUGAGAGAAUUCAUACUGGAAUUAAACCCUACAAGUGCAAUGUUUGUGAACCAUCCUUUACCCAGCUUUCAAGUCUUGAUAUAUAUCUAAGACUUCAUACUGGGGAGAAUCCUUACAGAUGCAAAGAAUGUGGAGUGUCAUUUCAUCAGUUGUCAGUAUUUCAAAGCCAUCAGAAGUUGCAUAAUGGAGAGAAACCUUACAAAUAUAAGGAAUGUGACAAUUCCCUUGUCCACUCUUCCACUCUCAAGAAACAACAGAAAAUGCAUAUUGUUGGGAGAAAUUAUAUUUGUCAAGAAUGUGGCAAAGUCUCUCAUAGUCCUUCACACUUUAAGGAUCAUUCCAGAGUUCAUACUGGAGAGAAACCUUACAAAUGUAUGGAAUGUGACAAGUCCUUUACUCAGGAGUCAAAUCUUAGAAGACAUCAGAGAGUUCAUACUGGAGAGAAACCUUUAAGUUGUAAAGAAUGUGACAAAUCUUUUACAAGGUGCUCCUACCUUAGAGCACAUCAGAAAGUUCAUAAUGGAGAGAAACCAUACAAAUGCACAGACUGACACAUCCUUUAUCCUGAUUUUGAGUCUUAGAAGACAUUAGAAAAUUCAUACUGGGGAGAAACAUACUAUUGUAAAUAAUGUGACAUAUCAUUUUCCAGUAUUAUCUGCUUUCAAAUCACAACAGUCCAUAAAAUAGAAACAUUAUGAUCACAAACUUGUGAAAGUCUUUAAUGAAGGUUUACCUCUUAAACAAUAUCUUAGAGUUUAUAUUGAAAUAAAAUUCUGCAAAUAUAAGAGUGGGAAAAGCUUUCUAUUUCUUUUAAUGUGUAUGCGUGCUUUUCCUGCAAGUAUGACUCA